UAAUAAUGAGGUUUAUUAUGUGAUUUAUAUCGAAUUUCCUGACCAUAUUCUAUUGAUUCACAUAAAAUCUUUCUCCAUUAACAUUUUGAGAUCAGUGGGAGAAAAUUCGAAGCAGUGGACCGCAAAGAACUACGGGAAGGUUUUGUAUUAGCAACCAUGUUGGAAAAGCUUGAAAUUUUGAAGUGCGUUUCUUUCCAACGAAAUAUGUAAUAGUCGUGUUUUUUCUGCUAAAACUACAUAAAUACAAGCUUAUUUUGAAAAGAGGAAGCCAUGUACAAUAACAUUGGCCUUACGACGCCGCGAGGUUCGGGCACAAACGGAUACGUCACUCGAAAUUUGUCGUUUGUGGCGAACCAGAAGGAGCGAGUGAGCUACAAGCCUGAGGUGGAUUUGGCGAAGUUUGAACAGACAAUGACAAAGAAACCGAAUAAAGAGAUACUGGAACAUGAGAGGAAGCGACAGAUUGAAGUGGAAUGUACGAAACUGGAAGACACUUUGGAAGAGCAGGGGUGAGUCAUGUGGUCCGACCAUUCACUCGUAUUUGACUCACGUGUCGACUAAUUUCAUUCUUUCAAAAUGGGGUAUUUUGUAGCUAGAUUCUCUCCUCCGCAGAGGCUUCUGUUGGCUAUGAUUACGAUUAGUAUUGAGAUACAUUUCACUACACUUUACAUGGUGGAUCUUGCAACAUGAGCGGAGUAAUCAUAGCCAAAUAAAGCCUCUGCGGAGGUAGCUAGAUGUAUAUAUCUAUUGAGAUUUUAGUAGAUGAAUUUUAGACCUAAUUGGAGUGUCUGUGAAAAAAAUGCCACCGUAGGGCUUCUGGCUGGAAUUGAACCUGCGGCCCUGUCAGCUGCAGGAGGUUUAAGGUCUGGAAAUGUAUACAAAUUCUUGUUCCAAAAUUUCAUCUACUAAAAGCCAUUAAGGGCGAUUUAGAGCACACAACUUUUGCCCAAAGCUGUCGGCAUGCAACUUUCUUACAACUUGAGUUGUACACAAUUCACUUACGACAACGUAGUAUUGUGAACUGCCAAUUUGUACUCUGACAACCCACAAGGGGGGGGGGGUUCGAGAAAACAUUCCUCUGGAAAACCUGUGAAGUUUGUGUUACUUCAUGUCGGUAUCUGUUCCAAGCUUGUUCGAAAUUUUUCAAACACACUUGGCUUGGUGAGUUUGUGCUGCUAUGCUUCUUUACUUAACUACGACAUUUUCAUUCAGCCAGGUAUACCAUUAAAUUGAUCAAAAUGUCAUAUGUAUAAUAAUAAUGAGAAUUGAAGCUAUUUCGUUUCAGAUAUAAUUAAUAUACCUAGGGAAAUCAUUGAAAAUAAUUUCCCGUUUCCCCCAGAAUUUGGGUGUCCAAAGGCGUCCAUUUUUCGUUCUAGGGAUGUCACAGGACGCCCUUCUGGCUAAAAGCCUGGUUUGCACAGGUCUAGUUAAUGCUACUUGUAUAUUUGCAUGGCAGGUUUUCUCAAACUGAAAUUGACAGUGAAAUGGCAAAAUUGAGAGAAAAAUUAAUGGAAGAAGGAGGCUUCAAUGAUGAAAAAGAAAGUAGCAAAAAGACUGUGUAAGUACUUGUAUUUUCUACCCACAUACCCCACUAAUGCCAGAAACAAAAAAUUCGCAAUGCUCUUUGUUAAUUUGCCCUUUAACGUUGUUUUCCUUGUACCAAAAAUCAUCUGACAAGUGCAGCUGUUAUUGGGAGGAAAAUGCUUAGUGUAGCUUCUUUUCCAGUUUGACAGAGACUCAUCAAAUUGCUCAAGCAAAUGAAGAGAAGAAUGCAAAGUUUAAAGAAGCAUUUGGGAUCAAGGAUGACUACAAAGGAGGGACGGCAUUUAAUCAAGAACUGCAGGCAAUUGAACGCAUCAAGGAAAGGGAAGCUAAGGAAAAGGAAGCGAAAAAGUACGAGUCAAGGUGAAUGAACUUUAUUUUAUAUCUUGUCGAUUUUUUUCACAUACUGCACAGAAUAUCACUGGAGAAAAGGUGAAAUCAGCACUGUGGAUCUGCAAUUGCAUCAAUAAAUCCAUACUAGAAAUCCAUAUAGAAAUUGCAAUUAUUAUGAAAAUUGGAUUUCUAUACUGUCUCCAACGAAGAUCCAUACUAUUUUCAUAGUAAGGAUUUGGAAAAAAAGUUUCAGUGUAUCAGUUCAUGCUUUUUGUACAGGACUCAAGAUUUAACAGCGAUUAUUAAAAAAAAAAGAACUAAAAAGUAUAAUCCGAAUUAGGGUGAGGUGGUCAGUGCUGCAAAUAACUGCCGGUCAACGACCGGCAAUAUACGAACCCUGACCACCUUUUGUAAUUAUAUGGUCUGCAUGAUUGGCUGUUUGACCGGCAGGUCGUAAACAAUUAUUUGCAGCGCUGAGUGGUUCAGGGUAAAAACCAUCUGAAAAAAACAGGAUUUCAAAAUUUAUGAAAUUGAAAUUAAGUGUGUGAAUAGUGUCUGCUGCAACUAUUGCUGUGCAGUAGAAAUAGAAAAAUGUAUAGCUUAGUCUAACAGUAUUACUCAGAUGAAUAUUUAACUGAUGUUUGGGGUUGAUCCAGGCUUGAUCCAAAACAACUAGAGGUAGCAUCGCUAUUGCAUCUUGCAAAUUUGUUUUUUUGUAUGCGAUAAUGAAAAAUCUGCGCACAAAGCCUUCCUGCUAAAACUACUGAUGAUGAGUUACUGGUGUAUACUUUUUCACGUGUAUACACUGAAAUAAGUCUAGAAAUUUUUAUUAAACUGCCAUUUAAGGUAUUUUAUAAAAUUUUUAUGUUUGAGGACAAGUUCCAGUUAUGUUACGGACCUGGGGUUACGGACCAGGAAAACCAGUACGGUUUUGUUAACUACAAGCAGGCAACGCACAUGUUUGCUGAAUAUUUGGACAGCACAACAUGACUGCCACAAAAUGACUUUCAAGUAAACUUAGUAGACAGUUAACAAAGUAAAAAGCUUAAGAUUCAGUAGGACUGUAAAGAUUAUUUUCUGCUUCAAGCUAAAUUAUGCAUUUUUCUAUUUCCCAGCAAUAGUUAUAGACACUGUGUAGGUACAUUGUUUCUUGGCAUUAUUUUUUAAUAUCACCAGGUAAGCUUAAAAUUCACCUCGUUUUUUAUCUAUUUUAUAUAAUUGUCUCAUAUCGAUACUGUAUGCCUAAGUGUAAAAUUUUUGAUUAUAUACCAAGUGUCAAAAUUCAUGUUUUAAACAUUUGCAUAUAGCGUGAAAUUCAUGAAAUUCUACUCUACUGGCAACAGCUGUGAGCAGAGAACAUUACUUUUAUUCACCGGUGAAUAAUAAAAUUAUAAAGCAAAAAUUUAUUGCUGAGUUAUAAAACAAAAAUUAUGGAAUUUUACCGAUUGUUUUUGUUUUCUUUCAAUCAUUGACACUUGGUAUAGAAUAAUAAUAAAAUAAAAUAUUUAUUGACUGGGUCACUGGGAUUUUUGGAAACAGUUCUGUUUCUUGGUUCCAGAAAAUAAGUGUUAAGUAUAUAAAUAACAUAAACUUCUAUUUAGUUUUCAGACUUUAUAGACUAUGCAUUUAGGGAAGCCUCGCAUAUCGAUUUUGUCCAUAAGAAAUGUCAUAUGGACCUUUCUCUGGAGACCCACCCCCAACCCUCCCUUAGAAACGUCACACAUAGUUAUCGAUAUUUUGUUCUUAUAGUACACAUAAGGUAAUUUUCUAUUAUUUUCUACGGUCAGCUAUUGGCGAAGCUUCCGCAAGGAAUAUGUCAUCUUCUGCAGAUAUAUCAUUUUAUUUAAUUAAUAUAUGAACUUCAAAAUUUACAACAUUUCUCAAAACAACUUUUUUUGCAUGAAAUAUUAAUAAUUUUAGCACGUUUUUCUUGAAAUUUGAGUGUUUUCAAUGCAAGGAAGGCGUAAUAAUAUAAAUGUAUACGUAUAGAACAUGUAUGGUAUUACAAAUGUAUAGACUGGUGUUUGUAUCAAGUUGUUUUCUUUUUUAUAUUCUGCAAAGAUGAUUCUGAAAUGUUAAGGCUUUCGAAAAAUCUAUCAAAUUUUUCCAUGAUGUUUACAGAGGAACGUCCCCAUCCCCAAAUGAACAUAUGACGUUUGUCAUGGAAAAAUCGAUAUGUGGGGCUUCCCUUAGAUGUCUUUCAAUGUUGCUUGACCGGAUAAUAUUUUCCUUUAGCAAAUCUAAGAAAUCGAAAAAGAGGAAAGCAGAGAAGAAUAUUUCUGAAAGCAACUCUAGCAGUGGUUCUGAAAGGUAACGGAGAGAUUCAGUGUGCAUAAACACUGCAAGCUCUUGUAAUCUGGUGAAAUUUGCAUGUGCUAUAAUAUAGUUUUUGUUUAUUUUAUGUUUCUUUGUUAUAUUCUCUUUUCAGAUUAUUGGUAUCAGGUAAAUUAUUGAUUAGUGAAUAACCUUUAAAUUUAUUUAGGGUAACUUUGUCAGCAUGUCAAUAAUAGAAUGCUGAUACCAACAUACUAAAAACGUUUUAAAAAUGAAGCAAAAUACGUUCUUUUAUGUUUUACCAUAAUCCUACACUCUUAAAUUUUGAUACAAAAACUUGAUUAGAAUAAUAUUGAGUAAAAUUACUCAAAUUUGUGAGCAAGUUUACUCAUAUUUUUUUAGUGAAGUAAAAUUGAGUAGGUCAUGAAUUUAAUCAAAAUUUGUGAGUGCAUUAUUUUACUCGAGUUUUGAGUCAAAAUACUGAGGGAUUUUUUGCAGUAUAUCCUUAGUUACUAUUAAUGUAUGACAAAUGUGCCUAAGGCAUUAAGUAUCUAAAAAACUAAAAAGGUAGAAUCAAUUAUUACUACUUUCUCAGCUCUAAAAACAAAAUUUAAAAGCAGUUCUUGCCUUAACACAAUAAGAUUUUUUGCGCCAUAUGCACCUUAAUUUCAGGGUAAUCGCGCACUGUACCAUGUAGCAAUGAAAUAUGAGUAAUAAAUAUAUAUACAUUGUAAAGUACAGCGCUGCAGUUGCAAUGUAUUGAUAAUUGACAAUGUAUUCAUUAUUUUGUAGUGAUCGAGAAAAGAGAAAAAGAAAGAAGGCCAAAGAAAAACGUGCGAAGAGAGAUCGGUCUGUCAGGUACCCGAACAGGACCUUAAGAAUCCUAUCAACAACGGAACCAGCAAAAAUACUAGCUGAUAUAGUACAUAGUUGGAGAUGUUUUUAUGUUUUACUAACGAACAUAUGUCUUUUUUAUUCCUUGUAGUUCGGACUCAGAUAGACAAGCUUCUGUUGAACGUAAUGGGAAAAGGGAAAGGUCGCCGAAACGGGAGUAAGAAAUAAUGAAUAACGUUUAACGAUAUGUAUAUUGUAGGCUGCUUGCCAUAAUAUUACACGAGACAUAUUUAAUGUUAAUAUUUUUAUUUUAGUAAAGACAAAAGGCGUUCUCGUUCUGCUUCCCUGGAACAGACGUCUUCAAGGCAGAGAGAUCGCUACGUGGAGGAAAGAGAAAAUGAAAAUAAGAAACAACGAAGGUAGUAAUGUUUAAAUGUCUUGUGAUUUUGCAUCGCCAUAAUCUAUUUUGUGGAAAAACGUAAACUUUGCAGAUUCCUGAAUUGCUAGCUAGAAUGCUUGAUUCACGAAUUUUUUGUUUUUGUCGUUUCUGUUGUGAUGUUGUCUCUGAGUAUGUCCACACCGUGGUGGAAAUCGAACCCGCGACCUUUGGGUUCGAUUCCCGCCGCGGUGUAGACACACUCAGAGCAACAUCACAAACAUAUGUUUGAUUCACGAGAAUAUUGCGCUUCAAUUAGGGCUGAUUUCUGGCCAAUGAUGACCCAAAUCCAACUCAUAUUAUCUCAUGAUGAUAAUGGAACACGAGCAAUGUAUAUCUGAGGCCUUAAAUGAAUACAAUAUUUUACUUGGACUGUAUUGUAUGUUCAAGCGGCGUCCACCUAAUCUAGGGGCAGUAGGCUGAAAGUGUAAGUUCCAUAUGGCUUUUCUGUUGCUGGAAAUUUCUGCAAUAGAUCCAUUGCACAUGACAUCACAGCGCCGGUGACGAUGCAUCUGGAGGACAAAUUAGCAAUCUAUGCAUAAUAUAACUUUUGUAAACAAAGCAAUUGUUGUAUCCAAACAGAUAUUGUUAGGGAGCAUCUGGAGGACACUCUAAGGAUUUGUGACGUCAGUGCAAUGGGUCUAUAUGUAGCUUUGUAAAAAUUGUCUCUCAGUCGCUUGUGGUAAGUAAGCGUGGGAAGGGGGGUGGGGGGUGGUAAUCCUCCUUAUUUGCAGCUGAGAGGUAAGCUGAAUUGCGAAGGACGCAGCUCAACGCGUUCAAGUCGACUGGUUAAUUAUUGGAUGAAAUUAUUUUUUAUUCAGUUUCGACAGAGAUGGUGAAGGAAGGAAAACUCCAUUGGAGGAAAGACCAAAAGAAGACAAAACUAAGAAGAAACACAAGAAGAAGAAAGAUGAAGAUAGACAACCCUCUGUUCCCGAGGCGAAGACUGUCAGACCAGGGAAGAAGAUGAAAGCGGAGGAUCAGAUUUAUCAAGCAAUGCUGGCAGAUUACCAACGAAAACAGAGAAUGUUGCAGAAACCACAAUCACCUAGCAGCUCGUCUUCUGAUUCCAGUGACAAUGAACGACAGCAGAGUCCAGGUAAUUAUUACCCCCCCCCCCCCCCCCGUUACAGCAUGCUUUCACCCUUAAUGCUGAACCCACAACCGUUAACCUGGAAAGAAAAAAUAUUUUCCAUUUUUUGACUUCCAGGUGGCGAAAAACGUCGUGCCUCACGGUCUGUCAGCCCCCCUCAAGCACAGACCCGUGUCUCAAGGUCCCCGCCAAGACAAUCUUCACCAAGAAGAUCCCCACCUAGAAGAUCCCCACCAAGAAGAUCCCCACCAAGAAGAUCCCCACCAAGAAGAUCCCCCCAGCGUAGAGAGCGUUCUCCUCCUCGCCGCCGUCCUUCGCGGAGUCCGCCUCCCCGUUCUGCCAGUCCAAACCAAAAACCAAGUCGCCCGUCUGAUAGUCAAAGAAAUCGUCGAUCUAGCCCUCCAAGAUCACCCAGUCCACCCCAAAGAAAAGGUAAGAUGUCUGGUGCUAGUGGUGGUGGAAUUUCACACUGGUAAUGGUGGUGAAAUUUUACACUGGCAACGGUGGUGGAUUUGUUGGUUGUGAUGAGGCCCCCAGGUUAGGUUUGGGGGCAAUGGUGGACACUGAUGGGGGCAAGGGGAGCAACCUGGCGCCACCCCAAAUCAUUUUUCAAAGCUUUUGAAGAACAGCUGAAUAACUGUAAAGGCCCGUCUGCGACUAGUCGUAUACGAGUCAUAUACGUUACCAUAGAUGUGUGUAAUAUUCUGUAAUAUUGCUAUCGUGUAUAAAACAAAAGUUUUAUUAUUUUGAACAGGUCGUCCUAGUCCAAGUCAGUCUCGGUCAAAGAGUCCAUCAGAACGGAAACGUCGUUCUAAACGUUCUAGUUCAAGGUCUGCCAGUCCUGUUCGGAGAGGAAACAGACCCAGCCCGCGACGGGCACGAACCCCACCUCAGCGAAAACGACAGCCAAGUCGAUCUCGGUCACCGAGCCCACCUCAAAGAAAAGGUCGUGCUAGUCCAAGCCGUUCCCGAUCAGGUAGUCCUAAGAGACGUCCCAGCCCAGGCCGGUCUGCCAGCCCACCACAAAGGAAACGUCAAUCUAGCCCACGCCGACCUAGCCCACCUCGGAGAAGACGUGAGCCAUCUCGUAGUAGAUCCAGGUCGGCCAGCCCUCCGCAAAGAAGAGGCCGCUCAAGUCCUCGACAAAGCCCACCUCGUAGAGGCAGACCUGGGUCACGCCAAUCCGGUAGUCCUCUAAGACGACGACAGCCAAGUCCACGGAAUACUAGUCCUCCACAAAGAAAGCAACCCAGUCGAAGUAGAUCACGGUCGGUUAGCCCAACUCGUCGGUCAAACGAACGUAGACCUAUGGCC